GCUGCUCCGCGCACGUCAAAUCAGUCGAAUCAGUCCAUAAUAGCGCUGCGCGAUUUCAAUUUUUCUUCAUCUCUCCUGCGUUGUUUCAGUAGCGUUUUUUUCUCCGCGAAUCACUUUAGUUCGCCCAGCGCCCCAUCGAGAUGCCCGUGCGUAGAGCCGCCCACGCCGGCAGCUGGUACACCGACUCAGGUCCCGAACUCUCCAGACAGCUCGACUACUGGCUCAAUCAGGCCGAUCUCAUUCACGGCCCAGCUCGGGCCAUCAUCGCUCCGCAUGCUGGGUAUAAAUACUGCGGCGCGUGCGGCGGCCACGCUUACAGGCAGAUCAGCCCUAUCGUCGUGCGGCGCAUUUUUAUUCUAGGACCAUCGCAUCACGUUAGACUGUCUGGCUGUGCCUUAUCGAGUGCACAAAAAUAUCGGACACCUUUGUAUGAUCUUCAUAUAGACUCCAAAGUGAAUAGUGACUUGGCUGCUACUGGACAAUUUGAGUGGAUGGACAUGGGGACUGAUGAGAAUGAACAUAGCAUUGAGAUGCAUCUGCCUUAUAUUGCUAAAGUUAUGGAGGAAUACAAGAAUCAAUUCACUAUCAUCCCAAUUCUGGUCGGCUCGCUGAGUCCCGAGAAAGAGGCGUGCUACGGCCGCAUCCUGUCCAGUUUCUUGGGCGAUCCUCAGAACCUCUUUGUGAUAUCAUCGGACUUCUGCCAUUGGGGGCAGCGCUUCCGUUACACGUACUACGACCGCUCAUAUGAUAACAUUUAUCAGUCGAUUGAAGGAUUAGACAAGGCUGGAAUGAACAUCAUUGAAAACUUAAAUCCAACCGAGUUUACGAAUUAUAUUAAAAAGUAUGGUAAUACUAUUUGUGGAAGACAUCCUAUAGGUAUACUUUUACAGGCUGUUCAAGAACUGCUGCGCAACGAUAGCAGCCAAAACGCAAGUCUGAAGUUUUUAAAAUACGCACAAUCGAGCCAGUGUCGGAAUAUGAACGACAGCUCGGUGAGUUACGCAUCGGCGGCUUUAGUUUUCGAAUGAAACCUAACCUGAGGCCUUAUCUAUACACGAUUUACACGUGGCCACCGAUCCGCUGUAACUGUAACCACCACCAUCACAUCACAAUCGACAGCCAAACGAACCGAACUUUAAAAACACCGCAAUAGCUCAGGUCAACAAACAAACAAAACAAACGUCAAAUUCAGAUGCAUAUUACGAUUUCGAUUUUAUAUUAUAAAUAUUAACUACUAGCGACGAGGGGUGCAGUCAAAUAAUUGAGGCGCUGAUCAACUGAUUCAACACUGCCACGCACACCAAUUGAAUACGUCCUGCGAGUUGGGUAGCGCGGCGAAGAAACGAAAAAUAAAUCACAUGAAAACUUCGGACCUCAUACCAAAAUAGCAAUUCGACGAUAAAUUUAAAAAGAGAUGCAUAUAGAAUAUAUUAUUAUAUACACAGUGAUAUAUUAAUUGUAUUGCGGGGAUGGAGAGUAAGUAUUUUUUGUUUUCCCCUUUUUUUUAGUACAAUUUGUUGCGUAUUCAAUUCUUAAACGAUGUUUACUUACGUUUUGCCGCCUCAGGAGCUGAUUGAAUUGUAUUGUAUCUAAUCGUAAACGUAUUUGUACUUGCAAUAGCAUAUACACACACAAAGUGCACACUAAUACAAUGUAUGUGUAAUUUGUGGCUUUAGAUAUUUAAGUCGUGGGUGUUCCAUAGGUGCUUGGAAUCACUAUUUUUUAUAUUCUUAUCUAUAAGCAGCGAAUUUAGUUACUUACUAACGUUUAAGUUUCCGGAGGAAUUAACCUGUUUGAUUUUAGUUUUAUUAUUUUAUUCAAGGCCUACGUUUGUGCGCAUUAAAAGACUGUGACUUUUCGGCACUGGAUCGCGGCAUAUCUGUUAUCAUAGUUUUGCAUUUUACCUCGAUAAUAAUACUAGCUGUUGAUGAUAUGACGCAUUAUUGAAUAUAAGAAAUAAUAUAUUUA